AUGGUGAAGCCCACUACAGUUCGUUUGCUGCUUGCAUUGGCUGUGUCUCGUGGAUGGGCUGUGCGUCAGUUGGAUGUGCACAACUCCUUCCUCAAUGGGCGUUUGACCAAGACAGUAUACAUGCGGCAGCCACCCGGUGCUCCGCGGAUUUUCUUGGGAAUUGAGACUUUGGAUGUUGAUGGCGCGAUGGUGUUGUCGCAUCACCAUUAUAUGACUGAUAUUCUGCGUCGUGCAGGGAUGGAGGACUUUAAGCCUAUCCUUACUCAUGUUACUACUUCACGGUUGUGUCAGUUCAUGAAUGCUCCGACGACUGCUCAGUGGGUUGAUCUGAAGCGUGUGCUCCGUUAUGUGAAGGGCACUUUGGCUCUUCGGCUUCGUAUUUCCAAGUCCAAUUCUUUGGAUGUUCAUGUCUUUUCGGACUCAGAUUGGGCUGGCUAUCCUGUUGACAGGAAGUCUACGAGUGGCUUUGAUAUUUAUCUAGGUGGUAAUUUGGUUUCUUGGGCCUGGUGGAAGCAGAAGACUGUGGCGCGUUCAUCCACGGAGGCUUAG